AUGUUCGUCAAAUCGACCUCUGUCGCUAUCUUUUUUCCAUUCUCUGCGCUUGCUUAUAGUGCGACAUGCUCGAACCACUACGCACCCAACCAUCUUCUACGUCAUAUCUGCAGUGGACCUCCAGACGUCUAUGUAGUCGAACCCACGAACGGCAAAGGCCUGGGCGUUUUUGCCAUGCGCGAUCUUGACAUUGGCGACAUUGUUAUGCGCGAAUCGCCCGUCAUUAGGAUCAGCCGGUCCAAAUUCACAAAGGGACAGGAGAAUCCCAUGGCUGCUGUUGCAAAACUAGUCCACGACGAAUUCAAAAUGCUUCCGCCUAGCGCACAGGAGCAGGUUUUAGCGCUAUCUUACUAUGCCAAUGGUACAGUGAGCACACAGUCAGAGACACUGGGGACCAUAUUUCGUACAAACGCGUACAAUACCGGGGACAAAUUCAGCUUGUUUCCUAGAAUCGCUCGAAUCAACCAUUCCUGUCGACCAAACACGAGCUACUACUGGAGCGAGAAGCUCAAUAAGCACAUUGUCUUUGCUAGCCGGAAGAUCAAGGCUGGAGAAGAAUUUUCGGUCUCCUACAUUUCACUUCUGCUCCCUCAAGAGGACCGACAGAAGCUACUCGAUCAAUAUGGCUUCAAAUGCCAAUGCGAGGCAUGUGCUCAGAAACGCGCAGCCGGCGAGGCUAGCGACAACCGUCGCGUCACUAUCAAAAACGCUUUUGAUAGGUUUGAUAGCCAGCUACUUCUCGAUCCUCCAAAGACCAAGGCCGAAAUCGAACAUGCCCACAAGAGUGCUGAAGUGAGCGUUCAGCUCGCCCAGCUUGUACAAGCAGAGGGCCUUGCUGACUACUACGCGAGAGCUUACCGGAUCGUCGCCCUCAGCUUUGCCAAAUUGGAGAACUGGCAAUCGGCCACGGAUUGGGCGCACAAGGCGUACAAACUACGCCACAUGGAGGAUCCAGAGUCGCCGUAUACAAUGGAAAUGCACGAGUUGACAUCCAUGUACAUCUCGAAAUGGCAGACUCAGCUUACGGGCCGGUCCUAA